UCCAAAAUUUUAAAUAAAGCAUUUUUGCUCUGACACCUAAUCAGAACUAAACAUUCCAAGCGCGAAACUUAUAGGACCAAAUAUGUGUAUGUGUUCGAACAUUGUAAAAUUUGCAGAGACUUAACACAUGUAGAUGGCUCAACAUUAAGAUUGCCAUAUUCAGAUAGACUCCUAUACAAUAUUGAUCUUGAAAGGCAUUUUAGGAGAGAGAAUUGCCGGAAGUAUUUUUGCUUGAUACCCUAUAAAUGUAGGACUUAACACUAAAUAAGCCAAAGACCAAUUCAUAUAUUUGGCCUAAGAAAAUAUAUGCUUUGGCUACUGGCGUGUACAACAUGGUGCACGUUUGGUGUGUUGGCUUAUCUUCUCACUUCUGCCUCUUCCUCUCUUCUUUUCAUUUCUCGUAGCCUUCUUUCUUUACCAUUUCUCUGAAUGGAACUACCAAGAAAAUCUCCUGAUUCUACUGCACUGAAAACUCAGUAUCGAAUUAGAGCAAAUAAACUUUCUUACAAACUAUCCAGUCAGAUUGAUGACUGUAACUGGCUUCAUCACUGGAAGACAACAUCAGUUAGGGGUUACAUACUGAGAAAUGUGAGUUGUGAAGCUCGACCAGGGGAGAUCAUGGCAAUUGCUGGUCCAAGUGGGGCUGGAAAAACAACAUUGUUGGAGACACUUGCUGGUAUAAUCCCACCUGGAAGAGUCUCUGGUCAAGUUCUUGUUAAUGAGCAACCAAUGAAUGCUAGAUGUUUUCGGAGAUUAUCAGGUUAUGUCACGCAAGAAGAAGUUCUCUUUCCACUUCUUACUGUUGAAGAAACUCUCAUGUACAGUGCUCGUCUCAGGCUGAGAGGCGAGUUCCAAGCUUCUGCUGCGUUGAGAGUUCAAGCACUGCUGAAAGAGCUUGGAUUAGAGAAUGUUGCAAAUGUAAGAAUUGGUAGUGAAUCAAACCGAGGGAUUUCAGGUGGUGAGAAACGUAGAGUGUCUAUUGGUGUAGAUUUAGUUCAUGAUCCACCUGUUCUUUUAAUCGAUGAACCAACUUCAGGAUUGGAUUCUGCAUCAGCUCUUCAUGUAGUUCUGUUGCUCAAAUCUAUGGCUACAAAGCAAGGUAAAACAAUUGUCUUAACCAUCCAUCAACCCGGUUUUCGAAUUCUUGAGCUGUUUGAUCAGAUUCUGUUAUUAUCAAAUGGCACUGUCCUUCACCAAGGAUCCCUGGAUCUCCUUGAGCAGCAUCUUAGAUUUGCUGGUCAUUCCGUUCCCAGGCAUGUCAAUGUUCUUGAGUUUGCUGUUGAAGUGACAGAAACUCUAGUAAUAGACACAGAAGAAAGUGAAACAGAAGGUAAUGUGACAGAACAAGAUUAUGAAGAAAUCAGAAGAAAUCCCAACAUUAGAAAUCUCAGAGAGGCUAAAAUAUGUUACCCCAAUGGUAGAUUCAAGGAGAUUCUAAUACUGGCUCAGAGAUUCUCCACCAUUAUUUCCAGAACCAAUCAACUCUUCCUUGCAAGAAUAAUACAAGCAAUGCUUGCUGGGAUUGUGCUUGGAACUGUAUUUAUGAAUGCAGCAAAUGAUCCAAACAAGCACAAGCUACAAACUCAAAUUGGGUUUUUUGCCUUCAGCCUCACCUUCUUGCUAGCAUCAACAACUGAAGGCCUACCAAUUUUCUUGCAAGAGAGAAGAAUUUUAAUGAGAGAAACUUCAAAAGGGUAUUACAGAAUAUCUUCUUAUGUCAUAUCAAACACUCUUGUUUUCAUCCCAUUUCUGUUAAUUGUGGCACUCCUCUACAGCACACCAGUAUACUUUCUAGUGGGAUUGAGAAGGGAAACAGAUGGAUUCAUCUAUUUCUUAUUGGUAGUAUGGAUGGCUUUCUUGAUGUCAAAUUCUUUUGUUGUAUGCUUUAGUGCUCUUGUGCCAAAUUUCAUCAUGGGAACAUCAAUAAUUGCUGGGCUUAUGGGUUCUUUCUUCCUGUUUUCUGGGUAUUUCAUAGCAAAACAAGACAUACCUGAUUAUUGGAUUUUCAUGCAUUAUCUGAGCCUGUUUAAAUACCCAUUUGAGUGUUUUGUAAUAAAUGAGUAUGGUGGAGGGAGGGGAAAGAAGAAAUGCUUGGAGCUUAUUGAAGGAGACUGCUUCAUGUACGGUGAAGAGUUUUUGAUGCAGCAGGGUCUGGAAGAGUCAAAGAAAUGGAGUAAUUUAGGAGUAAUGUUGAGCUUCAUUCUUGGAUAUAGAUUUCUUUGCUUCUUGAUUCUGUGGUACAGAUCACAGAGAACUAGAUUUUGAAUUUUUUUUUUCAGCAAGCAAAUUGGAAAGUAGAAUAAAAAGAGAGAUAGUUCUGCUUGUUUCUGCUCAUUCGGGUUAGCUUUCUUUUUUUCAAAAAGAAAAUUCAGUCAUGAAUAAUUCUGCAUAAACUUUGUGUUACCCUUUGUUUGAUGGUUCAUUGUGAAAGAAAUAUGAGAGAAAUUAAGGUGAAAAGAAAAUAAUAGAAUUUUGUUUGGAUAGAUUACAAGAGUAGGAGAAAGUAUAAUUUCUCUAAUGACUAUUAUGCCCUCACAAAUGAAGGAAGAGACUUUAAAACAAUGAGGGCAUUUAAGUAUUUUAAUAUAAUUAGUCUUUAUUUCUCUAGAAAUAUUUAGACUAAAUAUAAGAAAUUAAAAAAUACGAUUUUUCCUCUUUUAUUUUUAUUUUUUCCUCUUUUCUCCCCUUGUUUAAUGUGCAAACAAGAGAAUUUAGUGAAACUAAAUU